CACCUCCCGCUCCGCCCUCCCGCUCGGCCCAGGCGCGGCGGCGGCGACGGCGACGGCGACGGCGGCGGCGUUUCUGCCUGGCCGAGCUGGCCCGGUACGAGCUGCCCCACGAUGUGGGUGGCCCCAGAGGAGGUGCUGGUGGCCAACGCCCUGUGGGUGACAGAACGGGCGAACCCUUUCUUUGUGCUGCAGCGGCGCCGGGGCCACGGCCACGGAGGUGGCCUCACGGGUCUUCUAGUGGGCACCCUGGACGUUGUGCUGGACUCCAGCGCCCGCGUGGCCCCUUACCGGAUCCUGCAUCAGACCCAGGACUCGCAAAUCUACUGGACGGUGGCGAGCGGUUCUUCCCGCAAAGAGAUCACAAAACACUGGGAAUGGCUGGAAAAUAACUUACUCCAGACGCUAUCCAUCUUUGACAAUGAGGAAGAUAUCACCACUUUCGUCAAGGGCAAGAUACACGGUAUCAUCGCGGAAGAGAACAAGAACCUGCAGCCCCAGGGAGACGACGACCCCGGGAAGUUCAAGGAGGCCGAGCUGAAGAUGCGGAAGCAGUUUGGGAUGCCUGAGGGGGAGAAGCUUGUCAACUACUAUUCCUGCAGCUACUGGAAGGGCCGUGUGCCCAGGCAGGGCUGGCUCUACCUGACCGUCAACCACCUGUGCUUCUAUUCCUUCCUGCUAGGCAAGGAAGUGAGCCUCGUGGUGCAGUGGGUGGACGUCACACAGCUGGAGAAGAAUGCUACCCUGCUCUUCCCCGAGAGCAUCCGUGUGGACACCCGGCACCAGGAGCUCUUCUUUUCCAUGUUCCUCAACAUUGGAGAGACCUUCAAGCUCAUGGAGCAGCUGGCCAACCUGGCCAUGCGUCAGCUGCUGGACAGUGAGGGCUUCCUGGAGGACAAGGCGCUGCCCAGGCCCUCCCGGCCGCAUCGGAACAUCUCAGCUCUGAAGCGAGAUCUGGACGCCCGAGCCAAGAACGAGAGCUACCGGGCCACGUUCCGGCUGCCUGGGGAUGAGCGCCUGGAUGGCCACACGAGCUGCACCCUGUGGACGCCGUUCAACAAGCUGCACAUCCCUGGCCAGAUGUUCAUCUCCAGCAACUAUAUCUGCUUCGCCAGCAAAGAGGAGGAUGCCUGCCACCUCAUCAUACCCCUGCGGGAGGCCUCACCAGCUCCUCAGGAGGAAUUGGGGCAGCCCGCCAGCCCGACCUCCAGCCCGCAUGGGGCGCCCACCGCUUACCAGGGCCUGCUCAAACUUUUCCAGGGAAACACGCCCAUGGAGGAUCUGGGGGCCAAAGGGGUAAGCCAGGAGCAUGGCUCCAUCGCCAAGGAGACCCAGGCGUCGGUGGUCUGCCAGCCUGUGGUUCUGUGCCUUCACAACGCCUCGGGCCAGGGCCGACCNCUUUCCCAGGAUGGGAGGAGGAGAGAGACAGAUGCCAGCUGUGUCUCCACAGGGGCCUGGAAUGAGAUGGUGACUCACCCCGGAUACUACGCUGAGCUGGUGGAGAAGUCCACGGGGAAGUACAACCUGGCCACAGAGGAGAUUGAGCGAGACCUCCACCGCUCCAUGCCUGAGCACCCCGCCUUCCAGAAUGAGCUGGGGAUCGCUGCCCUCCGGCGAGUGCUGACUGCAUAUGCUUUCCGAAACCCCACCAUUGGCUACUGCCAGGCCAUGAACAUCGUCACCUCAGUGCUCCUGCUCUACGGCAGCGAGGAGGAGGCCUUCUGGCUGCUAGUGGCCCUGUGCGAGCGCAUGCUGCCCGACUACUACAACAACAGGGUGGUGGGGGCCCUGGUGGAUCAGGGCAUCUUCGAAGAGCUCACGAGAGACUUCCUGCCCCAGCUGUCCGAAAAGAUGCAGGACCUGGGGGUGAUCGCCAGCAUCUCGCUAUCCUGGUUCCUCACCCUCUUCCUCAGCGUCAUGCCUUUCGAGAGCGCCGUGGUUAUUGUGGAUUGCUUCUUCUAUGAGGGCAUCAAGGUGGUCCUGCAGGUAGCCCUGGCCAUCCUGGAUGCCAAUAUGGAGCAGCUGCUGGAAUGCAGUGAUGAAGGCGAAGCCAUGACCAUCCUGGGCAGAUACCUGGAUAACGUGGUCAAUAAGCAGAGUGUUUCUCCACCUAUCCCACACCUCCAUGCCCUGCUGACCUGUGGAGAUGACCCUCCUGCAGAGGUGGACAUCUUUGACCUCUUGAAAGUGUCGUAUGAGAAAUUCAGCAGCCUGAGGGCCUACGACAUUGAACAGAUGCGGUUUAAACAGAGGCUGAAAGUGAUCCAGUCCUUGGAGGAUACAGCCAAGCGGAGUGUGGUCCGAGCUAUACCUGGGGACAUUGGUUUCUCAAUUGAAGAGCUGGAGGACCUUUACAUGGUGUUCAAGGCCAAACAUCUGACGAGUCAGUACUGGGGCAGUGGCCGUCCCAGCGCUAUGCGGCGGGACCCCAGCCUGCCCUACCUGGAGCAGUACCGCAUUGACAGCAGCCAGUUCCAGGAGCUCUUUGCCCGCCUGGCACCCUGGGCCUGCGGCUCCCACACACCCGUGCUGGCUGGCCGCAUGUUCCGGCUCCUGGACCGAAACAAGGACUCGCUGAUCACCUUCAAGGAGUUCGUGACAGGGAUGAGUGGGAUGUAUCAUGGAGACCUGACAGACAAGCUCAAGGUGCUCUACAAGCUGCACCUGCCCCCAGCCCUGAGCUCAGAGGAGGCUGAGUCAGCCCUGGAAGCAACCCAUUAUUUCACCGAGGACAGCUCCUCAGAAGCAUCUCCUCUGGCUUCAGAUCUGGAUCUUUUCCUGCCCUGGGAGGCUCAAGAAGCACUUCGGCAGGAAGAGCGAGAGGAAGCUGGAAAUGAGAACAUCCAAGAAAAAAGAGGAGAGGAGAAGGGGAACAGCCCUCCCGAAUGUCGGCACUACCUUCAAAUGUGGGCCCAGGAGAAAGAGGUUCAGAAGGAGACCAUUAAGGACCUUCCCAAGAUGAACCAGGAGCAAUUCAUCGAGCUGUGCAAGACGCUUUACAACAUGUUCAGUGAAGACCCCAAGGAGCAGGACUUGUACCACGCCAUCGCCACGGUGGCCAGCCUGCUGCUCCGCAUCGGCGAGGUGGGGAAGCGGUUCUUAGGGCAGCCGGGCAGGAAGCCCCAGGACACUGCCCCAGGGGAAGACAAGCCGCCAGCCACCGGCCCCCCUCAGGAGCCCGCCCGGGAGCUCCAGCCAGCAGACACAGACGACCUCCAGGCCAAAGCUGGCGGAGACACCCAGCUUGGGAACGCUCCACAGGAGAGCCAGGUGGUGGGCGAAGGGGGCGGCGGUGAGGGCCAGGGCUCCCCCUCCCAGCGUCUGUCGGACGAUGAAACCAAAGACGACAUGUCCAUGUCCUCCUACUCCGUGGUCAGCACGGGCUCCCUGCAGUGUGAGGACCUGGCCGACGACACGGUGCUGGUGGGCGGGGAGGCCCGUGGAGGGGGCACCGUGGACACAGACUGGAGCAUCUCCUUUGAGCAGAUCCUGGCCUCUAUCCUGACGGAGUCCGUGCUGGUGAACUUCUUUGAGGAGAGGGUGGACAUUGGACUCAAGAUCAAGGAUCAAAGGAAAGUGGAGAGACAGUUCAGCACCUCCAGUGACUAUGAGCAGUCUGGGGUUUCGGGCUGAAGACUCCGCCCAGUGGGGGCUGACCUCUCCUCCUUCCCUCCCUCCUUCCCUCCUGGUCUGCUUUCUCCUGAAGGAAACUCCCCUCCAUUCUUCCCAGAAGCAGCGAGUUGUAAAUGGAAAGAGGGCUAAAUAGCCACAGUUGGGGCCCAGGCAGAGGCUCUUCACCCCCUCUCCUGACCCUGGGCCCACUGGCCCCCGUAGACUGGCCUCCUGUCUGCCGCCUGGCCAGUGCCUCUGUGCCUGUGCUGUGGCCAGGCCACACCGCAUCCCCCACCCACCAGCACUGUCCUGCAGCUGGCUUCUCCGGCUUUCCUGCCACUUGGCAUCAGGUGAGGGGCCACCUCCUAUUGGGCACCAGUGGUAGCUCUCCAGGAGACCCCACGCCAGAGCUCUUGGCUGAGGGCAGGCGUAUUCUAUGCUCUUUCAGCUCAUCAUCCUCACCAUUAACCUUAAAAGCACAUCCCUUAGGUCCUGAUAUAUGUCCUUGUAUUCACUUCAGUCUGCUAAAAAUCACUGUGCUCAAUGCCUUAAUAAAUCCCUGAAGGAACUGAAAACCA